AUUCAACAGCUUCUGUUUUUUUCUGACUUUUUUCAGAUUAAUAUUCCUCACAUUUUUAAGUGGAAACAGAUAACCAGACUUGGGCAAGUGAAUUUAUUCUCCUUAGCUUAUUUAGUGACUGGUGCACUCAGGUCUCCCUGUUUUCCUUGUUCUUGGUCACAUACCUCAUGACAGUGCUGGGGAACUGUCUCAUUGUUCUUCUGAUCAGGCUGGACAGCCGACUCCAUACUCCCAUGUAUUUCUUUCUCACCAACCUCUCCCUCGUUGAUGUCUCCUAUGCCAUAAGCAUAGUCCCUCAGCUAUUGGCGCAUUUUCUUGCAGAACAUAAAGCCAUCCCAUUCCGGAGCUGUGCAGCCCAGUUAUUUUUCUCCCUGGCCUUGGGUGGGAUUGAGUUUGUUCUCCUGGCAGGGAUGGCCUAUGACCGCUAUGUGGCUGUGUGUGACCCCCUGCGAUACUCAGCCAUCAUGCACAGAGUGCUGUGUGCUAGGUUGGCCAUCAUAUCCUGGGUCAGUGGAUCCAUUAACUCUUUCAUGCAUACCACCAUCACCUUUCAGCUGCCCGUGUGCACAAACAAAUUUAUUGAUCACAUAUCCUGUGAAAUCCUAGCAGUGGUCAGGCUGGCUUGCAUGGACACCUCCUCAAAUGAGGUCACCAUCAUGGUGUCUAGUAUUCUUCUUCUGAUGACACACUUCUGCCUGGUUCUUUUGUCCUACAUCUGGAUCAUCUCUACCAUCCUAAAGAUUCAGUCCACAGAGGGAAGAAAGAAAGCCUUCCACACAUGUGCCUCUCACCUCACGGUGGUUGCCCUGUGCUAUGGCACAACCAUUUUCACUUACAUCCAGCCCCAUUCUGGUCCCUCAGUCCUUCGGGAGAAGCUGAUCUCUGUCUUCUAUGUCAUUGUUAUGCCCCUGCUGAACCCUAUGAUUUAUAGUCUAAGGAAUAAAGAGGUGAAGGGGGCCUGGCAUAAACUAUUAGGGAAAUUCUCUGGGUAACAUCAAAGCUGGCAACUUGAUUCGUGAACAUCACUUUGAGAAAAAGCUUUGCCUCAUGUGUUCUUCACCCAACUCAGAUAUGACAGGGAUAAUGUAUGUUGCCCUG